AUGCCCAUUAGCGUAGAGGCGCUCCUCGGCCUCUGCAAGAUGCACUGUUCCUACUUUUUGACAGUUCUGCGCGAACAUGUCGUCAUUAUCCACCAUGUUACAGCAGCCACAUACGAGCUCGCACAGUAUAUCUUUUUACAAGAGCUGGAUAACGAGGGCUUUAAUAUCGUCAACCAUCUAAAUCCAGUUUUCUUUAAGGAGUGUUUCAUCGCCCUUUGCCUCGACGCCAGAAAUAAACCAUGCAGAAACAACCUUAAAACUGAAAACGGCAAACUCGUCAACAAGCACAGGCACACAUUCGUCAAGGAUAUCAAGUUUGAGUGCCCACAUCUCACUGCGCGCCUAAUUGAGAGCUUCUUUGGCACCUACCCCAAGGGCUACAGCUUUAGCAACAAGGGGUUCCAGUAUGACACUGUGGCCAAUACAGUGAACUACAUUGGGACUUUUGUUGAAAUUUUCCGGUUUUUAAAUCUCAAGGAAAUGAAGACAAUUUCCCUCUUCCUGAUGAGGACGUCUAUUGUACCAGGGUCUACUACAAUCGAUAAGACCAUUUUUUCACGGAGUAUUCUGUCUGUCACUAUGAGCCGACUCAGAGCACUGCACAAGGACAGUCUUUGCCUGGAUAUUGAGUUCCCCAAGAUUCCGCCUAUGAGGGAGCUUUUAGUCAAGUUGCCAGAGGAAAUUUGGUCACUCUUUUGUGAUAUAUCUUGUUGGUCAUUCUCGCUCGAUAUUUGUUACAAAGGGAAAAAGCAUAUCAGGACUGAGAGGAUCAAGGAUAAGAGCAUUUUACAGUCUUGGAAAAGUUCUGGCGAUGCUGACAACAACAGCAGCAGUAAUGACGGUGAACUUGCCAGUGGUAUGCCCCACAUUAUUUGUGAUACAGUCGACGGGAUAUACUUUAUUGUCUGGGAUAUGACAGCAAUUACAAAAAGGCUUGACCCUGCAAAGCUUUCCAAGGCGGAAACAAAUGGUUGGUAUACGUCUGUUGAGGAUGCUGAGCGCGCGCUUAACCACCCUGGCUCCAGCACACUUAAUUGCAAGUUGUAUGUCGAAUACCUACUUGAGCGCCGAAAGGGAUGUUUUGAUUUGACAGAGAAUUAUCACAACACACAGACCCUUGGCAAGAGUCGGAAAUACAACGGCAGCAGCUCAACUGAUCCCUCCACUGCAAGCUCCGCUAUCUUUCCUUUAUUAACAGAAAUCAUACCGACGACAAACUUGCAAAAUAUUUACGUGCAAAAUAUGGGCCAGAUCUGGUCCUAA